CCCUGCUGCCGUUGUAAAACUUUGAGCGAUGGGGGAACUUGUGGAUAUGGAAGUGCUCCCUGACUGCACUUGACAGCGACAGAUGCGCUACAUCGGCAGUCGCUGGAGGGUUUUGACGUUAAGAUGACAAUGUCUCGUGUGACGCCUGAUCUGGAGUACCAGACGCUAGCGGAGUGUAACUACUGCUACCCAACUGAAGUUCUUUCUGAUGUUUGGGAAGCCAGAGCAGCUUUUCCAGACCUUCAUCUGCACGAGGGCUAUUACUAUUAUCCUAACAAUGAGAAGAAGAAGUUGGUUAAUUUACGUGGUACAGUUCCCAUCGUUUAUGAAGGUAACAAGUACAACAUUCCAGUGUGCAUCUGGAUCCACAUCACCCACCCUCAGAGCCCUCCGCGGUGCCUCGUCUGCCCCUCCCCCUGCAUGAUGAUCAACGGCAACAGCUCCAGUGUAGACGCGCAAGGCCACGUGCUGCUUCACUGCCUCAGCAACUGGAAGCCUGGUUGGUCAGGCCUGUCCAUCGUUCUGGAGGAGAUGGUCGCCGCAUUUCAGCGGGAAACGCCCCUUUUUGCCACUUAUCCAAUCAGAGCUCCGACACUACCUCCAGGCGCCAAGCAACCUACUGAGUGGCCGGGUCAUCGAAGACCUGCUUCAGCCCACAACAGUUGGCCUAACACCAGCAGUAACUCUGCACAGAGGAAGUCCUCUCACCCUGAAUCAUCAUCGUCAUCUUUGUCCCAGGCAACCAGCAAUACCGAUCCCAAGAGCGACAAGGACAGCCAGCCACAGGCAGCGAGCGCAGAAGAGACAAGUGGCGUGAAGAGGUCCUAUACACAGGAGCUGCUGGACUUUGGGAUCACAUUCGGAGAGACGCAUACCCGGAACAACACCCCAACCAACCCGUUUGUCACCAGUGCCACCGCUCCGGAUUCCAGUGCCUCGAGUCCAGAUGAUAUUUCGAGCCUCUUCAAAAGCCUUCAGCUAGAAAGGGUUGUCCACAUGUACCAGCUUGAACAGAAAGACAAGGACAUUCCCCAUGCCUGGAGGCACUGCCAGGCCCCCGAGGAGGGUCCUGGUCCCCAGGUAGAGCUGCUGGACGACAGGCACAGGGUGGUGGUCAGCCACCUCCCCACGGGCAUCACUCCCAGCCGGAUGAAGAACAAGCUCACCAUUUACUUCCAGAGGAAACAUAGCAGGGGCGGGGAGGUCGUGGCUGUCACCUACCCCUUGGCUCAGCCAGACCAGGCCAUGGUCACCUUCAGACACUACAAAGAUGCCGAGAAUGUUCUAAAAGAACCAAACAGAAUCGUGAUGGUGGAUGAUCAGAUGAAAAUUCUCAUGAAGCUAAAAAGGUUCGAGGCUCCUUCGGUCUCCGUCCCGGAGGAUGUGCGAGGCGACAAGGCGGAGAUGUUCAGGAGCAUCCUGGGCAUGGAGGGCUGCGGCUUCAGCCCUGCCGACGUGUCGGAGGCGGUGCAGGCAUGCCGGGACGUCCCCUCCGCCCUCAAGUACCUCUCCCACGACUGCCCCAUCUGUCAGGAGCGCGUGUCCUUCAGCAAGAUGAUCACCAUGACGCACUGCUCGUGCGCAUUCUGCGAGAGCUGCUUCAAGGCCUUCUUCUCGUCCGUCAUCAAGGAGAAGAGCAUCGUCCACGCUGUGUGCCCGCUGUGCAAUCAGCCUGAUGUGCGCGGCCCCGCCCACAGGGAGGUGUCCGUGGAGUACUUCAGCCUGCUGGACACGCAGAUCAGGCACUACCUGGACCCGCAGACCCACGAGCUCUUCCAGAGGAAGCUCAGGGACCAGGCUCUGCAGGAGAUGCCAGACUUCCGCUGGUGCGCUCAUUGUUCUUUCGGGCUGCUCCACGAGGCAGACAGGCUGAGGAUGGAUUGCCCCAGCUGUGGAAAGAGCACAUGCUCGAAGUGCAAGAGCCCCUGGGCUCCCCAGCAUGAUGGACUGUCCUGCGAGAAGUUCAAGGAGUGGCAGCAGCUUAACAGCCCCGAGUACCAAAACUCGCGCCUGGAGCAGCUCCUCAGCAGAAAUAAGAUAGACUGCCCGAAGUGCAAAUUCCGGUUCUUCCUGUCCAAAGGUGGCUGCUUGCACUUUAAGUGCUCCCAGUGCCAGCACGAUUUCUGCGGGGGAUGCUGCCGGCCCUUCAAGCUGGGCCCUGAGUGCGAUUUCUCUGCUGAGUGUGGCGCUAAGGGGUUACAUGCCCACCACCCCAGGGACUGCCUGUACCACCUCAGAGACUGGAGUGUGCCUCGACUGCGGAACCUGCUGCAGCACCAUGGAGUGACCCACCCCAUCAUGUUCUGGCAGAGACAUGGCGCUGUGGAGAGAGGUCGGAGAGAUGUAGGUGUGUGUGCCGUGAUGGAGCACAAAGAGCCAGGUAGCGCAAAGGAGGAGCCAUGCGGCCGGGUGGCGUUCGCAGAAUACGCCGGCUACUGCACGCUGCAUUACAAGGAGUGUUUGGUGGAGUUGAUCAACCAGAACAGGCUGGACCCCGUGGUGCUGCUUGAUGGCUCAGAACUGCAGGCAGAACUGGGCCGCUGGAAAAUUCCAGUCCCGGAGAAACAGCCUCUAGAGUCCGACAAGCUCUACAAGGAGCGCCUCAAGCAGAUCCUGAGGGAGAGGGUGGGUUUGAUCGGGGGCGCCACCCCGGGCCUGAGGCCGGCCGGCCCCCCCACCCCGUCGCCUUCUCCCACAUCCCCUCCCGCGGCGGUGGCUCCCUGGUACUCGGUGCUGCACCCGGGCAGGGGUGGGCCUGACGACACCCAGCUGCUGCUGCUCCUCAACGACUGAGGACGACUGCCUCUCCAGCUGGCGCUGGCCAGGCGCCAGGGCAUCAUCAUGGACUCGGGCUCUUGUCACCAUCCAGAACCAAAGGGAUGAGAUACAGGACUUUUCAUAGCUUUUGUUUGGUGUUGCUGUUGAUUAGAACAAGAGCCCUGGGUGGAGAACACCGUGGAUCAUCCCUGUAGAGCUCAAUCGGUAUGCUCAGCCAUGUUACGCAUGGUGCAUAUGCAAGCGGGACGGUCCUCACUGCCUGGUCUGUACUUCUCCACAGUGGAUUUGGAAUGAUUCUGAAUGUGAGUUAAAGUGCAGAAUGUCAGCUUUCAUUCUGAGACUGUUGUGUAACUUUUAUGUGAAUGGGAGACAUGUUGGAAUUACGGCCCUUUUCAUAUGUCUGCCUGCCUCUGUUGCAGGCGCUUUUUGCCUUCUGCCUCAUCUUCAGUUGGUAAAUUGUUUGCACUUUAAUAUUCAGGUCAGGUGGUUGAAGUGAAAAAUCUUCACAGCUGCUUUAACGGUAUAUGCAGAGUCAUUGUCUUGUUGCAAGGUAAAUUGCUGGCCAGUGGGUUUUUGAAGCAUUUGGUUGGUUCUGGACAUUUAAAAUACUUUUAAAACUCUUUUGUUUUGUUUUUCUCAACAGUGAUUGAGCAUUGAAAGCCUUUUUAGUCUAGGCUUAGGACCUUGGUCUGGGACACUGGCAUCUAAUCUAGAUCCCCAAUCUCCUGACGUUUCAGCCUCAAGUCAUUGGUACUUAUGCUGAGACUUCAAAUAAAAAUUCCAUAUCUGGAAUCCCCUUAGCUGCCUUGUGCGUGGAUUAAUACAAAUGAAUGAUGCAAGGCGCAGACCUGGGUAAGAAUAAGUAUAAAUAGGGCUGUAAAAGUUCACCCCAAGUGGCUGCAAAUUAAAACAGUCAGCACUUUAACUCCCCAGUCAUUGUCUCAUUUCAAUUUCAGUGUGUCGGAGUGCAGAGUGCAGUGCGGAUAGACGGUGUGUUUGAUCUGUUGAUCUGACAAUGUGUCAAGUGGUUUAACAAAGGCACAUUCAAGUGGCCUGCUCUAAGCUACAGCGCAGCAACCGGAACCAUGCCGUGUUCAUUCAGACAGGUGCACUUACUGUUUUAGCACUUAAACCCGCUGAAAUACUGACCACAUUAGAAUAACUUCUCGCUCUUCUCAUUAGAGCCCAAUUAUGAUAGGUGCCUGCAGUUCCAACACUUAAGAGUUUUGUUUUUAUUUGGUACACAAGGGAAUAAUUGUGCUGUGGUUUAUUAGAAGUCAUUAAUCCAUAAGAUGAUAAGUUAUUAAUUCAGGUAUGUGUAUAUAGUGUAAUGAACACAUGAAUGUACUUUUUUGCUUGUUUUUGAAGUGGGUGUGUAAAAGGAUUUACAUUAAGUGUUGCAUCUGAAACAUUUUGACAACAUUAAUAUUUUGAAUAACUUUGUGAAUAACAGAGAAAAUAAAAAAUGUUUUAUUUUU